AUGGAAUAUGCUGUGGAAGGUGACAUGAAGACCUCUAGAAAAGUCUAUUCUCACGAAAUUGUCGAUAUAUUUGAUGAUUCCUCCGCGAAUAAAGUCAGAAUUCUCUCACAAAAGCAAUUUAGAGAUAUUAAAAAGAGGCACAUCCAACCGAAAGUAGACGACUCCAAACCACAUCAUAUGCCAAAUCCAAAAGAAUUCGAUAGGCUGGUGCAAGAGAAAAUAAAAAUAAACAAAAGAGGAAAAAAGUCGGACUCCGGACCGGUCCCAAAGGAGAUUGACAUAGACAACUCAACAGACAAGAACUCAAGAAAAAAGUUGCACUUCCAGAACAAGGGGAUUUAUGACAUUGACGAAAACGAGUUCUACAAAACAUUUUUCAGGGAUAGGGAAAGAAUUUUUGAUGGACAUGAUAAACGCUUGAAUAAGAUUACAAAUCAAGUACUAAAGGUCCGCUCUGAAAGUUUAAAAGAAGGUGGUAGAGUGAGAAUUUCGCCUUUGAAAUAUUGGAUUAAACCAAAUUAUGUAUCACCUUCAGUUAAUGAAGUAGCUGGUCUAACUUCGGCUGAUCUUAAAUUUGUUAUGAUGAACGAAACCCGUAACCCUAGUAAAGACGAUGUUCUAUGGGACACUUUCUUGGAAAGGGUAAUCGCAGUUUCUGAAAAGGUCAACCUAAGAAAUCUAUUGAGAUACCUGCAAAUAUUCUCAAUCGUACAAAUUACCCCGAACAAAAACUUGAAAAAACUCGUGGACAUAAUUAACUCCAGAAGAUCUGAAAUGAAACCAAAGUACUACGUUUUUCUUUUUCAGGCACUUGCGAGGCUCAGAUUCCGUGAUCAACGUUUAAACGAUAACUUGUAUGAAAUGAUAUUGUGUUGGUCUGUCCUUAGAAACAACUUUCUCAUAAAGGCAUCAAAUAGCAUUGCAAAAUUGGGGAUGAACGAUAGUAUUUUAAUAAAACCCCUGCAAUGUGUACUAGAAAAACGUAUCUCCACAUUUAAUGGAAGUGAAUGUGCAAGAAUAAAGGCAAUUACCAUAAUCGAUAUUUUUACUGAAGAAAUGACUCUGGAAUUUUUGAAGCGUUGUGAAUACUAUAAAAACUACUUUAGAGGCUAUACUAGACAUUUGAGAGUUGUGGAACUGUAUCUGAGGUUGUUGAGAAACAAAGUCUAUGAACAACUCGACCAGCAAACAAGGGAAUUUCUAAUCGAGUUACGAAGGGCUGAUCAACUCAAAAACAAUGAUAACGAUUGUGACCGAGAAAAGUAUAGUUGCCAUGAACACAAAGACGUGAGCAGGGUGCUAACACUCAUGGGAAUAAAUCAUAGAAACUCCGUUCCAGCAGGUCAACUAAUUCUUGACAUCUAUGAACCAACAACAAAGGCAGUAAUAGAAAUCAAUUCUAUGUAUCAGUACUACGCAUAUACGUCAAACCUGACAACACUCGCCAAAAGGUGGUGGAUUCAGCUAGAAACCGAUCAAAACAAAAUUGAGGCACUUAAAAAACUCAUAGCAACAUAUUAA